AUUAAUCACCCCAGUCCUUCUCCAGGUGUCGAGCAUUUCACGAUGAGUGUUUCCUCUGAGCUAAGACCAUUAUACGGACUCACUUCAGUUAAAGAAGAGUGUACAGAAGAGGAACUGAAUAGCUUAAGUAAUCUAGCAAAACAAGUAGUAUUCAGUUUUCAAUCUAAAACUAACAGUGCCCAUAUUGGCCAAGAAUGCCCCAUCAAUUGUCCGUGUAAAUGCCACCUGCCAUCUCCAAUCCCUGCUGUGAAUGAGUAUCGGCCUUCUGUGAUAAUGGCUCCAGUGGCCGGAGAGCAAAGGGGAUCAUCUGUGACACAUUUCCCGCUUAGGAUGCAGGUAAACUAUAAAAUAAAUGAGGGUCAUAUUAUACCAACUCCUCGGUAUGGAAAGGGCUUUUGUAUACCCAGUGCCAUAUCAUCGGGAUAUGCCAUGCUGAUGCCGUUCCUAAUGAGGACGAAACAGCUGUCUAUGGCUGCCACUGCCUGGUUAAUAUGGUUGUGCGCAUGCGUAAGGUACUGGCCAUACGGCGGAGUU